ACGGCUAAUGCAAAGACCGAUGAUGCAAUGACGCGAAUGUAUGGCGUGUUUUUGAUGCGUAUUGGGAAUGGUGAUCAUAUUCGUUUUGUUCCUAACGAACCUGCCACGGUCAAACUGCCGCAUGAGAUUUGCACUGAUAAACCUAUUCGUGAUUUGAUUUCCUGGACGUUUGAGGAUGUUUGUGAACACGUUGGGGAUGCUGACUAUUUUUACGCUCGAUUGAUUUUCUGCGCUACUAAUGACGAUGCGGGGUGUGUUAACGACAUGGUUCUCAACGAUUUCCCUAGCGAGAUUAUUGUGAACCUGGUCGGAAAUGCAUUUAAGUUCACCAAAGAGGGGCACAUUUUCAUCUGUGUCCGGCUUGCGAGACAUGACGAGAUUCUUGGAGGGAGGAUGGAUGCGAAAAAGAGUAGGAGUUCAACAGAACAACGAGAAUUGCAACGCGCCCUCGACAAGCGAAAGGCCCAGAAGACUGCGGAGCUUAGGAGGCGAGCUUCAUCUUGGCUGUUUAUGACAACCGUCCUGCAAUCGCCCAUGGAAAAUUUGAUCUCUGAGUCGAGCCGGAGCUCUGUCUCAAGCAUGGCUGGAGACUAUGGUGGAGCUCAGCUUCAAGAUGAAGCAUCGGCGAUGUCAAGCAUGCUGAGCUCACGAGAGGGAAGCCUGUCGCAGGUGAGUCCCAGUGAAAUGACUAGCGCAGCACCAAGCACAAUUUCGAGCCGGCGCGAAUCGCAAGCAUCAUCAGUGGCCGCAUCUGCCCGAAACAGCGUUGUGUCAAUUGCUUCAAGGGAGGAUGGUGCUCAGCUGUCCGAUCUUCCACGGUCGAAGGACCAUUUGUCACUGCGUCAGGUAGUGGGAAGGAGAUCUAUCUUUGGAGGGAUGAAAAGGCUAGUCAGCCAGUUAUCACUCAAGUCAGCAGAACAGAGACCUGGUGAGCUCGGGAGCAUCGCUGAAAGCGGAAGCACCUUAUCCCUGAGCGGUAACCCUGUAGCGGACUCGUGCAAUUCAUGGGCAAAGAUCCACCAUCUGGUUGAACCUGAUUCUCCGUACUUCGUCAAUCAUGUACCCAAAGACAAGAAGGGACAACUCAGGCUGGCAGUUUCGGUUGAGGACACAGGUGUGGGAAUUCCAUUGCAUGCUCAGAAAAACAUGUUUGGGUCUUAUGUUCAGGCAGAUGUGAGCACCUCACGCAUGUACGGCGGMACUGGAAUAGGCUUGAUGAUCUCCAGGCAGCUGACACAGCUGAUGGAUGGCGAUAUGGACUUCCGCAGCGAGGUAGGUGUGGGAACCACGUUCUUUUUUGACUGUUACAUGAAGCAAGGACAUCACUCGCRCAGACAGCAGUCGGUUCCUCAAGAGAAGAAAGCCAAGCAGUCAUUGGGUACCCUUGUUAGCCAAACAGAUAGACAUAGUAAGAUSCAUCUGCUCCAUCAGGCAACCACCAAGUUCUUUGGCUCAUUCAUGAMGCUAGGCAGGGCAAAGGGGAACCACACGAAUCCACAGCAAGAGCUUUCUUCGCACCAGAGCUCCCGUGCGAUGGGAGAGACCCCACAAUGGAGCCCGCUGGCGCCGAUCGGCACACRAUUCAAUGCUGCUAAGGAAUCUCUUUCCGCUCGAAUGAACAAAAAGCGAAAAAGCCGUAGAAGGAAGCUGCAUAAGGAUAGUCGCCGCAGUUCCAUGGACAUCAUUCAUGCUCUCAUUGUGGAUGAUAAACAUGUCCGUAGAGCAGUGACUGCAGGUUACCUGCGGUGGUUGAAGAUAAGAAACAUCACAGYUGUCAAGUCAAUGGCAGGGAUUCCGGAUGCAAUUCUGAAAAGUGUCACAGCUGGACUCCGCAGCGGUGGUGGCGGCGGUAGGGGUGAAUCGGCGUCUAUGGAUGCCAAUGGACCUUCCAACUUUCUUCCCUUUGCUGGUGGCAAGAAUGACAACAAUGAAAUGAACAAUGGAGCRGACCCCCCAGCAGGGCUAGCUGCAGMGUUCAUUGUUAUCGUCGRUGGGGAGUUACUUCAAAGAGUGAGAGGCAUGCAUACGAAAUGGGGSGUAAUUUUGGGAAGCGGGCUYGGUGGGGAGUUGCUCGAGUCCUCCAGCAAAGAGAUGUCAGGGAAGAACAAGAAGUACACAGAUGCUUUGAACAGUGCCCUGCUAAGGAUGGUACUGCUCAUUAAYGACCCUGCUUUGGAUGACCAGGCCAAAAAGAUAGGCUUUCGAAAAACCUUGAUGAAACCUCUCCGAGCCACUGCACUUGCUGCUACAAUAGUUGAUCUUUUGUCAGACACAGCCGUUACAAGAYCAAAUUCUGCCCUUAUCGAUKCCGCGUCAAGGGACUUAAUGCUGAUUGCCUCUGGCCAUGGAAACUAUCAACAAUUGGAGAAGGAGCUGAGCGACAUGCAGUUCCUUGUGUGCCGUGGUAGUCCGCCAUAGCCUCGGCCGUGGUUGAAGGAGGAAGAAGGGUGGCCAUGGCUAUGGUGGACCUCAUGUGAUGCCUGGAGUAGAA